AUGGCAACGAGUCUGGUAGGGACCGGGUAUGACAAUACCAUCCUCGUCCCUGCUCUCUAUCCUCGUCCCUGCUCUCUAUCCUCGCCCCUAUCUCUAAACCCAUCCCCGUUUAAUAGGUUUCAGGGAAUCCCCGUCCCUGUCCCUGUCGGGGUACUAUCCCUUAUACCCGCCUCAAAUCCUUAA